GUUUGAUUGAGUUUUUAAUUUGAUGUGAUUGAUAAUGUUUAGUGAAAAAAAAGCUUACCAAGAAAUAGAGCGGCCGUCAAAGAUGGAGAGAAGAAGACUUGGCCGGUCACCAAGUCCUCCGCCUUCCUAUCGAUCAAGAAAUUGUUAUUACUCGAGGACGACUGAAACCUCUCACAUACGUGAACAACGAAGUCGGAAUCCAAGCCGGAGUUGCUGCCGGACGACGUUCUAUCAACCUCGCUCUCUGUUCUACCCCAAAUCAAGAAAUUACUACAAUCAUGAUGUUGAUGAUUAUCAUCGCCGCCAGAGACAAAUUCCGAGCGGAAGCGGCUACGAUUACAACGAUGAUUAUCGAUAUGAUGACCGGCCAAAUUUCAGUUACAAUUCCGAUUAUCAUGAGCCUUCGACGUCGAAUUUCUACAGUUAUAAUCAUCGCCAUGAUGAUGAUGAGUAUCAUCUGAGAUUGAGAAGAAGCUAUCGUCCACCGAGUCCAAGCGAUGGCUGGCGGCGCCACCAGCCAAGAUACUCCUUCAAUUCGUCGCCGUCAAGAUCAAAACCAUCAAGAAACGGAAGCAAUCGACAUUGUGAUGGGAUUGAUUGGAGUGACGAGAAAUCCCGAUCAUCGCCAAGGUAUGAUUUAGGUUGGAAUUAUCAGAGGUGGCAGAGCAGUCGUAAUCGGCGGAGGGCACAUCAAUACUACGGGUCUUCCGUUCCGUUGAAAUCCGACAAUUUCAGUCACGACUACAAUCAUCAACGAGGAAGAAGAAGGAGUUAUGGUGGCAGAGAUGUCGCCGCCGCCGUCACCACCACCAACCUUCAGCCGCCAAGCUCCGAUAACAUUGCCAUUAGCCCUAGCCCUAAUCCUUGCCCGAAUAUUUGCAACAACAGUCCCUCCAUUCCACCGAAUUCAAGUCCCGAUCCUGACUACAUUUCAAGUGCUCUAUCCAGUCCUUGCUAUGACCCCAACAGCCCUCGAAGCUGCACUCCGGUGUUAGAGCAUACUCCCGCCGCUAGUCCUUUUCCCUAUUUUCAGGGCUUGCAAUGAAAAAUUCACCUUAUAUUUUUCUUUAAUUUAUCAGGCUUAUUGAGUUCGUACUUCGUAGUAUUGCCAAAAUCUUCGGUUUGAUGCGAUAGAGGUUUCUGUUAAAGUGCUCAGUAAUGAAUAGUUGCAGUGGUUAGGAGGAUUUGCUAAUUCGCUAUAUAGUGGAGUAUAUAUAUCGUUCCUUCUUGUUUUGCGCGCAC